GAAUAAGACAGACUUGAGAUAUUGUUUGUUUGUAAAGCGCUGAUAAUUAUAUUUAUAUAUUUUAUUUUUUUUAAGCAGGUGUAGGAGAAACUUCUGGAAGGUGCUGCAGGCGGUCAGCGGGCGUCAUCUGUUUUUUCUUUUUUUUUUUUUUUCUGUUGUUGUGACGGCGCAAACCCGGUGAAGCGACCAAUGAGUCAGCAGCUGAUCGGGGAUCAUUUCACCCGAAGGACCUACAUAUAUAUAUAUAAACAACGACAACAGCCAUUUGCCUUUUAAAAAAUAAAAAUAAAAAGUCUUUCAGAGCAAAAACAAAAACAAAAACAAUGGCAGUCCCGGUAGCUGCAUUACAACUGAGCACGCCAUCCAGCCCGGUUCUGCUGGAGCACAACAUUCACAUCAGCGACAGAGAUUUGGGAAGGAUUUCAAAUGACAAUGAAGUCGACACUCUGCCUUUACACUCACCGUGGACCUUCUGGCUCGAUAGAUCUUUACCGGGAACGACAGCAGCCGAAUGCGAGUCAAACCUGAAGAAAAUCUACACCGUGGAGACUGUCCAGAACUUUUGGAGAGUUUACAACAACAUACCCGGAGUCUCCAGCCUGCCACUGAGAUGUAGCUAUCACCUGAUGAGAGGAGAAAGAAAACCUCUCUGGGAAGAAGAAAGCAAUGCUAAAGGCGGUGUCUGGAAAAUGAAAGUACCUAAAGAAAGCACCUCUGUCGUGUGGAAGGAGUUGCUGUUGGCUACCAUCGGAGAACAGUUCAGUGAUUAUUGUGCCUCAGAUGAUGAAGUAGUCGGAGUCAGCGUCAGUGUAAGAGAUCGUGAAGAUGUCUUUCAGGUCUGGAAUGGAAAUGCUUCUUGUGCUAACGAGUCAAACAUCUUAGGAAGGAUCCACGAGCUCCUUCCACAGACACCUUUUAAAGCAGUGUUUUACAAACCGCACGAGGAGCACCACGCUUUUGAAGGAGGUCGAUCAAGACAUUAGAGCCCUUCAGAUAAACAUGUUUUUUUUUUCUUUUGCUUAUGAACAUGUUUUGGAUAAUAUCUGGGCACAUUUUGAAGCCGUUGAAUUCAUAGUUGCUUAAUGUGUCACCUUUAAUUACCUCAAAAUGUAGCCCAUGUAUUACGACCCCUCAAUCGAUGGAAUUUUUCAUCUUCUGAGUGAUACUGUCAUUCACAACAAGAUCCAAAAUACUUUUAUUUUAGUCGAAAGCAAAAAAAAAAAAAAAAAAAAAGAGCGAAAAAACAUUUUAGUUUGAAUUUCUCUAUGGCAGUGUUUGUAUGUUUUUAUACUGCAAGAUUUUUGCAAAACCAAAAACAGCCGAUCAUGUACAGUCAGAUUUUUUUAGAUGUAUUAUAGCAUAUUUUGUGCAGUUUCCUGAUCAUUUUUGAAUCUAAGAAGAGGCCUAGUUCCACGAACCUUUAUCGUAACAAUACAUUACAAGGCUUUUCUAGUCCGUUCUUUUCUCCGUUUUGUAUGUGACAGCCAAAAUAACGUUGCCUAUAAUAGGGAACAUAAAUGUUUAGUACGCUGAGCAGAAAAUUGCACACUCUUUUGUUUUUAAUAUAUAUUUUUUUCUUCUUUAGGAUAUAAGUGGAUUGUGAAAGGAAUAUGUUCUUGUUACAAUAAAACGACCUCAGUAAACAAAACGUCGUGAUUAGAUGCUGAGAAAUAUAUGCAAUCAUUUCUAUUCUGUACAAUUUGCAACAAAUUUGCAGGGUUGUGGUUGUCAUUUUGUUUAAGCAUCGGUCCUAAAUCAAGCACUUUGUUUCUUAUUGUGUCUGUAAAUCUCCUCUGGGGAUUAUAGCUGUAAUAACUGAGACCAAAUCCACUUUGGUUUUGUGUCACCUUUUGAAGUGUAAAGCUGUUUUUGUUGAUUUUUGCUUUUAAUAGUAACUUUGAAAUGAUAUGUUUUUCAUGUGUUCAUGUGACCUGCAUUACAUUAGUGAGACCUACACUACUUUCUGGAUGUUAUCGGCCCCAGGAAAAACAAACACAUCAAUAACCACAUGACACGCAGAAAACUAUCACCGGAAGGGACACCAAACAAAACAUGUUGCUCUAAAUCUCACUUUCCUUGAGGGACUGCUGUGGGCCUGUUUUAGUGUAACCUAACAAAAAGUUGGUGUUUGCUGAAGUGAUGCAAAUACUGCGGCGGAGUCAAAUCUGUGUACUACUACUGCUGCUAAAAAGCAAAUUUAGUGUGUCUCAAAUCCAUAGCUUUAAAAGGUUUUGGUGUCUUAUAAUCUACUGUAUUGGUAUUAAAGUCAUAAUCAUAUUAUUUGUCACUGCAUGUGUGAGAGAAUGUACGAAGCAGGGAGUGAGAUUGACUAUUCUAGGCAACACAGCAGAUUUUUUUUUCCUGUAAUCGUUAAACAUUUGAGUUUUUUCAUUUCUGUGUAGCUAUGGAGUACACAUUGAAAACCACAGAAAGACCGCUGCUAUGAUUUCUCAAUCAAGUCAAACGUGUGAGAAAGACACGACAGGAGGAAGGAGGUAGUUUUCAGAUCACCGACUUUGCCAAACUCGCUUCAUGUUCCCUUUACUCUCCUGCUGUUCGUGUAAUAAUGUCAUAAGCACAUACUGUAGGAUAAGAGAAUAACAAUACUGCACACUUGCACAUACGCAGUUGACGACUCACUUCAGAUCUCAGACUUUGUAACUUGAUUGUUGAUCUUGGAUGGUGCCUUGUGUUUACCAGCAGUUUAGAAUGUCAUCUGUGUUCAGCAUGUUGAACUUGUACAUAGUCAUGUUUGUCUAUUAGUUUUACACGUGUUUGAGAAAUAAAGACACCUAAACUUUGA